UUUCAGUUAAAAUGCUCAAGCUAAUUGGGUUUCUUAUAAUUUUGGGUCUCGCAACGGCCGACAAGUGCUCAGAUUGUUUGGCUCAGGGGAAACACUGGUGUGUUACUGUAAAUGCAUGUGGAUUUACGCCAUGUGUCACUACAAUUACAAAAGCCCUAAACUGCCCGGAACUACCAGAUAAAGCCCACGCUUACGAUGAUUCAUUUAUGAGGAAUAAGGUAUUGAUCACACAUUCUGCUGCCUACAAUAUGGACCCACAAAAGUGUUUUACUAGUAAAAUGCCUUCGAUGAAAGUUUCCAAAACAGUUAAUGUCAAUUGUGAUAGAUAUGGGCCAAAAGCAAUGUGCUUCAGCUUCACGGCCAUAGAUACUGUCCAAAAAGUGAUUGCAAUGACGUUUAGAGGGACAGAAGGAGCAGCUCAAUUGUCUGAAGAAAUUUUGGAUUUCUUCCACGGAAAAAAGGCGUUCUUCGACUCUGGAAGUGUAUUCGAAUAUUUCUACGAUGCCUUCCUAUUCCAAUGGAAUGGAGGUCUUCAACAAGAUCUUCGAAAACUCAAAUACCAAUACCCUGACUAUGAAAUCUGGGUUACUGGACACUCGAUGGGUGGUGCCAUCGCCUCAAUCGCAGCUUCUUAUAUUGUGAAAAUCGGGAUUUUCACCCCGGAUAAAAUCAAAUUAGUGACACUGGGACAGCCAAGAACCGGAGAUUAUGCGUUUGCCACGUGGCACGACGCAACGUUCCCGUAUUCAUUCCGUAUUGUUCAUCAUAGAGAUAUUGCUGCACAUAUUCCACCAAUGGAGGGACAGGACGAGCUUUUCCAUCAUAGAACUGAAGUUUGGUACAACAACAACAUGACAAUUGGUCAACCCUACCAAUUGUGCGCAGAAGCUGAUGGCCUCUACUGUAGCAACCGUAACCUCGACUACAGUGGUGAAGAUCAUGUCUGGUACUUUGGAAUCAAUUUUGUGGAAUGGGGACAAGCCGGAUGUCCAUAAUUCUCAAAUUGUUAAUUUCUUGCAUUUUAUCAAAGAUUUUGAAUGCUUAAAAAACAUUUUUGAAGUUUGGAAAAAGGAAAAAAAAUUCAGAAAAAAGUACAAAAU